AUGUCUGCGCCUAAACACCUGUUCCUUAGCGACGAGGAGCUUGGAAAGAAAUUUGAUGACCCUGGUCGGCGCGAUUCUAUAUAUCUACCGUCGAUUGGGAAUUUCUGGCGGCAUCUCCCACGACGACGACGAGUUGCCCUGUCUAUCUUCGUCGCACUUCUCAUUUUUAUUUUCUUCAGACAUAUACCGACGCGAUAUGCUAGGCAAAAACCACAGUUCAUGGACGAUCCAUGGUUGCGCCCUCCCCAUGAUACCUAUACCGAUCCAGAACCCAUUGAAAUAGACGAUACACCUGACGAGAAUGGCGUGAAAUACUAUCGUGGACUUAUCGAGUUCGAGUCCCUGCUCAGGUCGUUAUAUUCUUCUCGCAGCUGGGGGGAUAACGUGGACCAGGAAGUGGUUGUCUUUGCAACUGGAGAAUUAAAAUCCCUGGGUGAUAUGCUUCCCAUAGCAUGCGAUAUGGCUCUAAGGAAGCUAAAUGGAGUCCACCUUGCAAUCAUGGGCCGAGAAGAGAUCCCUCUCGCCGAUAUACAAAGAGCCAAUGGGUUUAGGGAACAAGAUUGCCCCAUAGCAUGGCAUGAUGCGCGCCCAGAUCAUGCCUCCUCUUCAAGCCCCUGGCGUUUGGAGUUGAGUGUCAGAGCUGCCUUGGUUCAUAUGUAUCGAAUCUUAGGUCCUCGAGUUUUUAUUACUCGUGACAUUGAAUUCGAAGCACCAUUCUUUAUGGAUGCCAUUGAAUUGCGGUCUUAUCAAAUGGGGAUAACUCAUAUUAGCUUACCAAGUUCACUCUCUAAUUUCAAAUGGAUUGCAGACUUGGAUUCCAACUCACUUACAGCUUGGAACGACGUCCAAACAGAGAUACUCAUCAACGUCCCUCCUAACUCCUCGGGAUCUCUUCGGAAAUUACUUAAGUCUCUGCAGCGGGCUGAUUACUUCGGGCCGGCACCAGGGCUAACAAUCGAAUUACCAGUUGACGCAGACCCAACUUUGCUUCAUUUCCUGAAAAGCUUUCGUUGGCCGCCCAAGACCGGUUCCCGUCACUUUACGGUUCGUCGUAGAGUAUCACCGUCUGCCUUGACAUCGCAAGAAGCUGCCAUCAGGGUAGUUGACUCCUUUUAUCCAAAGGACCCUAGUCUUUCCCAUGUGCUCCUAAUUUCUCCAAAUACUGAAUUGGCCCCUUCAUUUUUCCACUUCCUCAAAUAUUCUCUAUUGAAGUAUAAUUAUUGUUCUAGCGAAGAUACGCCGGCUCAUCUGUUCGGAGUUUCCUUAGAGCUACCCUCGUCUCGCGCCACCGAUGGGAAACCGUUCUCUGUUCCCACAAGUGUAUUAAGACCCGACUCUUCAAAGGAGCUAGCGGAGGUCCCGACUUUACUGUGGCAGAUGCCCAACGGUAAUGCUGUAUUGUAUUUUGGAAGCAAGUGGCUAGAAUUCCAGUCCUUCCUCUCCCACCGGUUUGCUCCAUCCAUCCAGGCCAAGGGAAAGGACAUCCCCAAGAUUCUCACUAAAUCACACCCUUCCUGGAUGGAUUAUAUGCUUGAAUUUAUGCGUGCUCGUGGCUACUAUCUUACUUACCCGGCAUUUGCUACCCAAGACGAUAUCGCCAUAGCCACUGUCCAUAAUGAACUGUAUCAACCUCCCGAAGAGUACGAUGACCCUGACCAACGGCAGAUAAAGUCUAAUUUCCAGGAGAAGGACCUUGACCGCUCUCCUCCAACUCUAUCAACUUUACUUGACAUCUAUCCGGGAAAACUACCGGAUAUCCGCGAGUUGCCAGUAUUGCCGUAUACCGGAGAGGCUGUAGGGGAGCACGAUUUUACGAAGGGACGAGACUCAUUUCUACAAACAUUUAGGAAAGAAAUUGGUGGUUGUACCGACAGCGAUGAGGUACCAGAAAGAACCCCGCUAAACGCUGGUGACCUCUUUUGUCUAGUGGAUGAAACAAAAUUGAAAGACAGCCUCGAAAUCCCGGCAUAG